GUAAGAUUCGACUCAACCAUGACGCAAUGCUCAUACAGAGUAUAAAGCAUCUCUGUAUCCUUUAGUUCUUGGACAUAUUCAAAGCAAUCAACUCCAAUUGAGAUCAUACCCACCUAAGGCUCCAUCUACCCUCCAAAUAAACAACGAAAUCUACAACACCAAACAAUGACCCUCAAGUACCUCAUCACCGGUGCUACCGGCGGCCUCGGCGAGCAAGUCCUCGCAUACUUCGCCGCCAACCGUCCCGCAUCUGAAUUCGCAGCUGCGUCCUCGCGGGAGUCGAAUCGCAAACAGUUCGAAGACCGCGGUAUUGCGUUCCGUCACGCGAACUACGAUGAUCCGGCGUCGCUAGAGGCUGCAUUCCACGGAGUCGAGAAUCUACUUUUCGUGAGCACCAACGUGUUCGACAACGAGAAAAGACAAAAACAGCACGAGAACUUCAUCAACGCGGCGAAGAAAGUCGGCGUGAAGCACGUGUGGUAUACGUCUCUCGCUUUCGGCGGGUAUGAAUCCACUUCGAAAGCCGCCGUUCAGCAGGUCCAUCUCAUUACGGAGAAUCUGCUCAAGAAAUCCGGUAUCACAUACACCUCCAUCCGCGAGGGCGUCUACACCGACGCCUUCCCCGUCUUCAUCAACUGGUUCCCCACGACCAGCACCAUCUCUCUCCCCUCCGACGGCCCCAUGGCGCUCACACUCCGCCACGAGCUCGGCGAAGCCACCGCCCGGCUGAUGAUCGCCGGCGGCCACGAGAACGAGAUCGUGCUGCUCACCGCGCAAGAGGCCAUUCGGCCGUCCGAGAUCGUCGACGUGAUUAACAAGACGACCGGUCGGCAGGUCAAGUUUGAGAUCGUCUCGGGCGACGAGUAUGUGCGGAGAAACGGGGCGAAUGAUCUGGGCGGGAAGCCGGCUGCGUUCUUCGAGAUGGUGCGAUCGUGGUGGGACGCGAUUGAGAAGGGGGAGUUGGAGACGACGAGUCCCUUGAUGAGUGAGGUGUUGGGGAGAGAGCCGGUCAAGGCAAGUGAGGCCAUUCGCGACCUGUUGACGCAGAAUCCAGAUUUCACGUGGCAUCAGAAUUAUGUAUAGGUUUUGGGAGUGGGGGUAUAUUCCAUGGUUUAGCUUGUUAGGAGCGAGUAUGUUGGGGAUGUUUUAAUGUUAAUAUAAGACUGACCUGAACAUAACAGUAUAUAU